AUGACUAAAUACGAUGCACCGCCUCCUUACUCGCCACAGCUCUACUUGGGAACCCUCGGGCGAGCAUUCUGGAACCAGCGAGCAGUUACCCUUGAAGCACGGAUACUCGUUGGCUUGAACAGGGCUGAAGUUACUGCCUCAGGUGGGUGGUCUUCCAGCCGCGUGCAUGAACUUGAUCCCUGCAAGGUCAUGGACUUGCGGCAAAAACCAAUUACUCGGACGCAGAACUGCAGCUUUAAGAUACCGAUGGGCCAUAAGCCUGCAGAACAUUUUUGCUCAACGCAACGACAGCUCAUCUUCGACCUGACGCGCAUUUCAGCUAGGAGCCUGAUCGCCGGUACCUGUAUGCACGGAAACCCAGGGCCAACAACCCAACGAUGGUUCCGAUGGAAACGCUCCACUCGCCGACGUCGAACAAACUUCACAUGCCGAGGGGAACCUGACACGACAGCCGAACUGCGCAUAUACACUCAUCCUACAGCUGCAGCCACAUCACACAACACCUACCACAAUGCACUUGGACCGCACCGACCAAUUUCGCAGACCAGCGCACAAACAUGCGAUCUUGUAGCUGAGCGCACAAACACGAGGGCAGACACUACCGACUGA